CUUUUCCCCGGCUCAUCCCAGAUCAGUCGACCAAAGCGCACGAGUCUAGUACAUACAGUGAAGCAGAACCUCGCGGCGCUCGACCUCCGAACCGGCGAUUCCGCCCAGAUCGCGACGUCAACCACGGACUCGACUGCACCGCCUCUACAACGAUACAGAACCUACCCUUGAGAACAUAUUCGCAUCGCCGCAAAAAGCACACUUGCAAUCUCACAGCGCCAGACACUCCAAAACAGAAAAGCACCUGCGCCUCCACCCACCGAUCCAGAUAUCCCCCCCCAUCCACCAACCUCGAGUCUCAACCGCCAUCCCCUCAUCUACCUCCAACCCAAUCUACAAGCCAAACAGCACAUUAAAUCCGGCCCACAGCACGUUGAUAAAACAUACACCCUCGACUCAACCCCAACUCCACAAAAGCGAAAGGCAAAAUGUCAACCAACGCCCCAACCACAAACUCGAACCCCAACGCAACAGACCUAGAAACCGACCUCCUAACGCACCUAACAACCACUCCCGCCCUCGAAGACUUGCACAGCACGCUCCUCUCCUCCCUCCAACGAACCGGCUGGACAGAGAAAAUCCGGAAAUUAGCACAGGAGCUCCUGCGCGCAGGGCGAUGCGAGCGGUUCGACGAGGUGAUCGAGGCGGUGGUGGCGUCGGCCGAGGGACGGGGCCAUCCGUCGCUUGUUGCGCUCUCGUCUACUCAAGACCAGUCCUCGAAAAACGGGAACGGGGAUACCGGGUUCAAGGUGAAGGAGGAGGAUGGGGCUGCCGGUGGCAACAACAGCACGGAUAAAAAUGCGUACUUUGAGAGCGUGGAUGUGCGGAUUCCUUCCUCUGUUGUUGAGCAGGGGGUUCGUGCGAUCAAGGAGGUGUUAAGGGAGGUGGUGGUUAUGGAGGGUGAUGAUGGGGAUUCUGGUUCUGGUUCCGCUUCGGCGUCGGGGUCGGCGGAGAACAACGCCACUGAAGAAAAGGCGCCGAAGGAUCAGCAGGUCAAGAAGGUUAAGACUGGGGAGAGUAAUGGGGUCGCUGGGAGUCCGGUCAAGAAGGGCGAGAAGAAGGUGAAGGUCAAGCAGGGGAAAUAAUCUGUCCCAAAAUGGGUUUGGCGUUGGGGUUAUUGGGUGAACAUCCAUUCAUUGUCUGG